AUGUAUCUCAUGAUUGCCAAGGCAGCAGAGAUCUGCGAUGUGCCUACAUCAAGGGAGUCUUUGAGUAUGGUAGAAGCUAUUAAAACAAGUGAUCCUGUAGAGGGGAAUGGACACCUGAGAGCACUCAUUUUUUCUAAAUUAAUCACACCAAGGUUUCUUGGGACCCUCUCUUGUCAGAUUCUUGCCACUGCAGCCAGAGACUGUUAUUGCUCCUACCGCUGCAAAACUGUUCAUGACAGAGUGGUAGACUUAAGACAGGAUGAUGCUAGGAAGGAGGAAGUAGAUUCUGGGCUUGCUUGUCAGCCAUUUAUGAUUCACUGUGAACAGCUCAAAAGGAAGAAUAAAGAUGCAGAGGAUCAUCUAGAAUUGUGCCCCCAUCAGUGUGUUGAGAUGGAAAGGUGUGAAAGUAGAGAGCUUGAUGUUGAAAUAAGGAACCUGAUAGAGAAGAAUAAUGCUUACCAGUCGUGUGAGGACCCUGAACCUAUUGCCCAAGAGAGUCCGAACCCUCAGAGAACUUCAUGUUCCUUUAAGAUCCGUAGUGAAACAAAUGCUCAAGGCCAUCUUGGAUGUACGUGGGCAGAUGUGAGUGACAUGGAAGCCCCAGCAAACCCACUAGAAUCAAGGCACGUAUUACUGACCAAAAAGAAGACUAUAUUAGCCAGUUCUCUGGAACAACAGAUCCUCUCACUGGAAGGACAGAGACGACAGCUCCUGGAGGUGAACAAGCAAUGGGAUCAUCAAUUUAGAAGUAUGAAACAGCUUUAUGAAAAACAGCUGGCAGAAAUGAAAACAAAACUGGACGUGUCAGAGAGGAGAGUCAGUAAACUGGAGGAAGAGAGACAUCGACAGCAUCCAGAAGAUGAAAGGUUGCGAGCCCUGGGCGGAGAGAGGCCGUUGCAGGAAACGACAGAAACAAAGGUCCUUAGUGAAGCUCUCCUUGAAAUGAAGGAAGAGAACAAGCUCCUGAAGCAGAAGAAUGCCUCAAUGAUCAGAAAGAAAGAACACUAUGAGUGUGAAAUAAGUCGUCUCAAUAAGGCUCUUCUGGAUGUCUUGAAAAAGCAGCACUCGCCUGUUUUUGGGACUCCUUCAGAGAAAGGUGACAGGAACAGCCUUGAGGACAUGAGAACCCAACUUGAAGUUCUCAGACAGCAGGUACAAAUAUAUGAAGAAGACUUCAGAAAGGAGAGAUCUGACAGAGAAAGACUUAAUGAGGAGAAAGAAGCAUUGCAGAAAAUUAACGAGAGAUUACAGUCUCAACUGAAUAAACUAAACUCUCAGACAAAACACGUCCCGGUACAGUCUGAGAGGCCCAGCUACCCACCUCCCCUCUUCCUCUCACCAUGUGUUAAUUAUGGAAGUUGUGGGUUGGUUCUUCACUAUCAAGAUCCUCGAGUACAUCCAGCAUCUCACAGGGCACAUGAGCAGCAACAGCACUCGCCAGACUAUCAGUGGUAUGUUCCUGACCAGUUUCCGCCAGAUGUGCAGCACAAGGCAAAUGAUUCAUCCUCAGAGAAGGGAGCCAAUUGCUGA